GGCGUCUGCGGAGCAACUCAGCCGGAGCUGCCACUCAUUCAGGGGAGCUGUCUUCUCCAAACCAACGCGCUGCUCUGAGACCGAGAAUACACGUUUUCUUUCUUCUUCAUUUGCACCUGAAUAAUGCUGCAGUGAGUGGCCGGAGCGGGCAGCCACCGCUGAGUUUCACCGCCUGGGGUUAUUCACAUGUAAAGGAGAUAGUCUGCUGUUCCAAGACACAUUUUGGGCAGGAUACGAAGGGAAUUCGCACGUGGAUUGCUGACCUGUUGAGGACAACAUGCCUCAGACACCACCGUUCACGGGGCAUCUGAACACCAGCGGCUACAACAAGAAUAUGUACCAGACCAAAGAGGAAGGCUAUUCUGGCCUCUAUUAUCAUGACAACAACCUAACGUCUGGGUCCCUGGAGGCCCUCAUUCACCACCUGGUCCCAACUUUAGACUAUUAUCCAGAUAGGACAUUCAUCUUCACCUUCCUGCUCAGCUCACGUAUUUUUAUCCGCCCACACGAACUCAUGUCGAAGGUGUGUCACCUUUGCAUGGAGCAACAACGACUCAGCGACUCCCAAGCUGACAAGAUACGAGUCAGAAAGAUCGCUCCCAAGAUCCUCCAGCUGCUGACUGAGUGGUUGGAAACGUUCCCGUACGACUUCAGGGAUGAGCGGAUGAUGCGAAGUUUGAAGGAGCUCACCCACCGGCUGGCCAGUGGAGACGAGGUUUACAGGAAGGCGGUCGGUCAGAUGAGCCAGGGUCUGAUCAGGAGGCUGACGGUGCUCAGCCAGUACGAGGAGGCGCUGGUCAAGAUCAACGCCACGGCUGCUGAGCGGCUGACGGCUGUUAAGGCGAAGCCCCAAGCGGCCACCCAGAGAGACAUGCUGUCCAUCUGCAACGACCCAUUCACUGUGGCCCAACAGCUCACACACAUAGAACUGGAGAGACUGAGUUACAUCGGACCUGAAGAAUUCGUUCAGGCUUUUGUCCAGAAAGACCCUCUGGACAACGAUAAGAGCUGCUUCAGUGAUCACAAGAAGGCCAGCAACCUGGAAGCUUAUGUGGAAUGGUUCAACAGACUCAGUUAUCUGGUGGCUACAGAAAUCUGCAUGCCCGUGAAGAAGAAGCACCGAGCUCGGGUCAUGGAGUUCUUCAUUGACGUGGCGCGUGAAUGCUUCAACAUCGGAAACUUUAACUCCCUCAUGGCCAUCAUAUCUGGGAUGAACAUGAGUCCUGUGUCUCGGCUAAAGAAGACAUGGAGUAAGAUCAAAACGGCCAAGUUUGACAUCUUAGAACAUCAGAUGGACCCUUCAAGCAAUUUCUACAACUACAGAACAGCACUGAGAGGAGCCACACAGAGGUCCAUCACUGCUAACAGCAGCAGAGAGAAGAUUGUCAUCCCUUUCUUCAGCCUGCUCAUAAAAGACCUCUACUUCCUCAACGAGGGAUGUGCCAACAGGCUGAAGAGCGGACAGAUCAAUUUUGAGAAAUUCUGGGAACUCGCCAAACAAGUGAGUGAAUUCAUGGCCUGGAAGAAAGUGGAGUGUCCGUUUGAGAAAGAUCGCAAGAUCCUGCAGUACCUGCUGACUGCUCCAGUGUUCAAUGAAGAUGCAUUGUAUGUGGCAUCCUACGAGAGCGAAGGUCCUGAGAACAACAUGGAGAAGGACAGAUGGAAGUCUCUGAGAUCCACUCUGCUAAGCAGGGUCUAAACUGGAGAAAAAAAACAAGACAAAUGAGCCGUUGUCUAAACCAAGUAUCCCUAUGUUAUAAGGGAACCGACAAUCUCUACUUUGGCUGGCAAGGAUCUUUUGUGUUCCCCCCCAGCUUCAUAUUUCUAUCCAGCUCCGCCUUUCCUUACCCUCUUGCUAUUUGUGCUGUUUUUUCCUCUCUUUGUAUGACUUUAUAUUCUUUUUUUAAAAAGAGAAAUGCUACAAACCUUCCCAUUAAAUGCCAAAGGGUGCCAAGGUUUCUUGUCUGAAGCCUUUCGCCCUGAAAGACCUUCUCUGAGCGUAAAGGAGUCGAUGGGGUCGUUUGUUCCCCCCGCCAGUUUUCAACCUGUUUUUUUCCACUGAAGCUACAUAGUUAGCCGCUGGUUGGCUAACUCAACGGAAAAGCUACUCGCACUGGUUCCAUAAGCCAGCAUCCUUUGUACGAACUGAAAACUUACCCACAUCACUGUUUAUGAUUAAGCUAGCUAUUAUUUGUAGUUUUAUUUUGUCUACUUCCUUUUGUACAUUACCUGAGUUACAUUACAUUUAUCUUGCUUCAUGUUUCUAAGGAGCUUGUUGUAUGUGUAAGAUUGAAUGCACUGGUUGCAUUUAAAAGUUGUAACUGAUGUUUUUUUGUUUGCGUAGUAUACAUUUUGUGAUUUCCUUAUGCAGGAAGCAACAUUUCCUUCCUUUAUCUUGAACACAGAGGCAUCAGUAAACUUCAACCAAUGUGUUUUUUGUACGGGCAAACAGCAUAAAAAAAAACCCUUCCACUUGGGGCUGGGCGAUAUGAAGAAAAAUCAUAUAUGCAACACUUUUUUAGCAAAUUGGGUGUAGGUUGACCUAUGAGCUAUGAGUCUGGUAAAUUCGGAAAAUGCAUAACUCUAAUGUGGUACAGCCUUAAAAACCAAGAAAAGUCAACACUUAUGAUAUUAAGAUACUAAAAAUCUAAGAAUAUAUCUUGGCUGAUAUCAUAAUCAAAAUAAUACAGAUAAAUUGCCCAGCCCUACUUGGGUUUUUAGUUGCUGUUGGACCCUCGGACAAAGACUUUCUUGGAAGUGUACUAAGGCCUUAAGUAGUGAGCUUAAAUGGAUGGUGUGAUGAUAGUGUGUUUCCUGUUGUUCCAGUGUUAAAAAAGCCCCACUGCUGCUGGGAGGAUAAGCUGGGCAGACUACUACCAUUCUUACCUUCUCUUUUGUUCCUGCUCCAUUGUAAAACAUGAGUGUGUGGUUGUGCUGCCCCCUGUUGGUUCAGUCCGAAAAGUGAAUGGAUUUUUGUGGUCGAAUAAUGUGAACCAAGAAUUUCUGUUUGAACCCUACACAUUCUAAAUAAUAUCUUUUUAUUUUUUGAUAUUGUUAAAAUGUAGACUUUUCUCCAUAUUUGUUUUUAUUUAUAAAUCUAUUUGUGUAGUCACACUAUGUCCUCAUGCCAAUAUUUACUAUUAUUUUAUUGUUAUUUAAUUUUGCAUUGGUUACAUAACAUGCCGUAGUUCUCAGAUGUUGGUUGAACUAUUAUUUUUAUAUAAACGUUUGUAUGAGAUAAUUAUUUUUCAAGGUACUGGCUCAGAGUAUGAAGUUAAAUGACGGAUGUCUGCAUUGCCUUGACUGCUCCUCCCUCAGCACAGAAGGCUGUUUGUUGUGUACAUAUUAGUUUUUCCACCCUGCUUUCAUUCAUUUGUAUUUGGACUGUACAAAAUGGAUUACAGGAUGAUGAAUGAAUUAGUAGUGUUCAGAAGAAGAAAGUUAAUAAAAGAAUGAGUAGUUAUAUUUA